CUGGCAUGACUUUCAGCUUUUAAAGAGAACAGUCAGUAUCUGGAAGAGCCAGACGCAGGAGGAACACGCGAGGAAAGAGCUAGGACAGCUGAGAACUUGUCCCCUGUCGGCUGCACAGGAGUCACGGAGACAACGCACCAUGGCCUCUGAAUGUAUCCUGAUGGACCCCAUCUGUCUGGUGGAAAAUCAGAAUAAUCAGCUGACAGUAAACCCAAUAGCACUGGAGAUUCUAGACAAGAUCUCUCAGCCUGUGGUGGUGGUGGCUAUUGCAGGUCUGUAUCGGACAGGAAAAUCCUACCUGAUGAACCGCCUGGCAGGACAGAACCAGGGUUUUCCUCUGGGCUCCACAGUGCAGUCUGAAACCAAAGGCAUCUGGAUGUGGUGUGUACCCCACCCUUCCAAGCCCAACCACACUCUGGUCCUUCUGGACACUGAGGGCCUGGGCCAUGUGGAAAAGGGCAACCUUAAGAAUGACUUGUGGAUCUUUGCCCUGGCCGUGCUUCUGAGCAGCAUGUUUGUCUACAACAGCAUGGGCAGCAUCAACCACCAGGCCCUGGAGCAGCUGCACUAUGUGACUGAACUAACAAAGCUAAUCAGGACAAAGUCAUCUCCUAGCUCUGGUGAAGUAGAUGACUCAGCCGAGUUUGCAAGUUUCUUUCCAGACUUUGUUUGGGUUGUACGGGAUUUCACGCUGGACUUGAAGUUAGAUGGACGCACCAUCACUGAAGAUGAGUACCUGGAGAAUGCCUUGAAGUUGGUUCCAGGCGAGGAUCCCCAAACCCAGAAAUCCAACAUGCCUAGAGAGUAUAUCAGGAAGUUCUUUCCAAGGCGGAAGUGCUUUGUCUUUGACCAGCCUACAAAUGACAAAAAAGUAUUACACUAUAUGGAGGAGAUGUCAGAAAGCCAACUAGAAUGGAAUUUUCAGGAGCAAUCCAAAAAUUUCUGUCAAUAUAUCCUUACACAUGCAAAAACAAAGACUCUAAGAGAAGAAAUCAUUGUCACUGGAAUCGGGCUGGGGACUCUGGCAAAAGCCUAUGUGGAUGCUAUCAACAGUGGAGCAGUGCCUUGUUUGGAGAACACAGUGACAACUCUGGCUGAGCAAGAGAACUCAGUGGCUCUACAGAUGGCAACCGACCACUACAGUGAGCAGAUGGCCCAGAGGGUGAGCUUCCCCACAGACACGCUGCAGGAGCUGCUGGACCUGCACACAACCUCUGAGAGGGAAGCCAUUGCAAUCUUCAUGGAGCACUCCUUCAAGGAUGACAACCAGGUGUUCCAGAAGAAGCUUAUGGAAACCAUAGCCAUGAAGAAGGAAUAUUUCUUGCUGCAGAAUGAAGAGGCAUCUGGAAAAUAUUGCCAGGCCCAGCUUAAGCAGCUUUCAGAGCCCUUGAUGGAAAGUAUUUCAAGAGGGACUUUCACUGUGCCUGAUGGAUACAAGCUCUACUUAGAAGCAAUAGACAAACUUGAACAGUCCUAUAACAUGGUGCCCAGGAAAGGAGUGAAGGCACAUGAGGUCCUCCAGAGUUUUAUACAAUCACAGGCUGCAACAAAGGAAUCCAUCCUGCAGGCAGACAAAGCUCUCACUGAUGGGGAGAAGGCUCUAGCAGCUGAGCAUGCCAAGAAUUGGGAAGCUGAGAAGGAAUAGGAGCUACUAAGACAGAAACAGAAGGAACAGCAGGAAAAAAUGAAUGCUCAAGAUAAAAGCUUCCAGGAACACCUAGUCCAACUGAAUGAGAAGAUUAGGAGACAAAGUGAAAGCCGCCUGAAGGAGCAGGAAAGGAUGCUGGAGCACAAGCAGAAGAUUCAAGAAGAACUACUUAUUGAGGGAUUUGAAAACGAAUCUGAGAAGAUGAGGAAAGAGAUAAAUCAAUUAAAAGAAGAGAUUCAAGAAACUGAAAACAUCUGGCCUUCAAUAUUUGUAGAGCUCUUUUAUAUGGCAGCCAGCGUACUACUCGAGCACUCCCUGGUCCAAUGAAGAAAAUAGGCCAGUUUUCUUUUUUAGACAGGCUGAGAAUGUUUAGGAGAGAUAUUAUACAGGGCUCCUUAUGUUAUAAUAGCAUAACACUGUGGCUCAUUUUAUUAGUAUGUGUGCCAUGGUAGUUUUGCCCAAGAAAAGUUUACAAAUAAAGAGUGAUUACCAAAAAAUACCAGGGUCUGAUGUACAAAACAAAACAA